AUGGCAUAUCCGCCAUAUACUUUGAUUCGUUUUGGCAGAUUCGAAUCCAUGAACAAUUGAACAAAUUUUCAACAAUAUCGUGUGUUAUAUCAUGAACGUGCGAUUGCAAAAUUUCCCAUUUUCUGCAUCCAUGUCUACCGCAUAUGUUUCGGAAACCUCGCUUGCAAGAGUUCUCUCACCAAACUUGCUCCACUUGAAGCAGUGCUCUUUGAUAUAGAUGGAACACUUUGUGAUUCUGAUCCGCUCCACUACUAUGCUUUCCGUGAAAUGCUCCAAGAGAUUGGCUUUAAUGGAGGUGCUCCUAUAACAGAGGAGUUUUUUAUUGAGACUGUUGCUGGCAAGCACAAUGAUGAUAUUGCCUCGGCUCUCUUUCCUGGUGAUCUGCAACGAGGUUUAAAAUUUGUGGAUGAUAAGGAAGCCAUGUUCCGAAGAUUGGCAGCUGACCAACUGGAAGCUUUGAAUGGGCUUGAUAAAGUGAGGAAAUGGAUUGAAACUCAUGGGUUGAAGCGAGCUGCAGUUACCAAUGCUCCAAGAGCAAAUGCAGAACUCAUGAUCUCAAAACUUGGUCUCUCAGAUUUCUUUGAUGCUGUUAUUAUUGGUGGUGAAUGUGAACAUGCCAAGCCUCAUCCAGACCCGUACUUGAAAGCUCUUGAAGCUCUGAAGGCAUCGAAGGAUCAUACAUUUGUAUUUGAGGAUUCUGUUUCUGGGAUCAAAGCUGGAGUUGCAGCUGGGAUGCCUGUUAUUGGUUUAGCUACACGAAAUCCAGAAAAUUUAUUGAUGGAAGCAAAGCCUACUUUUCUGAUUAAGGAUUAUGCUGAUCCAAAAUUGUGGGCUGCUUUGGAAGAACUUGACAAGGCUGGUCCUCGUUAAGUUUGGAUUAUUAAUAUGCUACUUAGAGAACUUCUUGAUUAAAACAGUAGCAGGAUUCAUAUUAUUGAAUUCACUGGUUCGCCCGCAUAAUUUUGUUGUAGGGGGCGACAUUAAUCAAUGUUGCUUUGGUGCUAAGAGUAAAAAGUUGUACUAUAUUCUAUUUGCAUUAUGUAAUAAUGUCAUUAUUGGCAAUGAAAACGGUCAAGCAACAGAAAUUACAAUACGUAAUUGUAUUGUUGUUUUUACUUCAUAAAAGUCAUUAGAAAAGAAACUAAAUGCUGCCACCUGCAAGUAAUCUAAAUUUUUAUAGUUAUCUAUC